CCGUCCAGUAUGCAUUCUCGUAAAGUAGUUUUAUACAUCUUUAUUUACUUCACUUUUAUUCCAAUGCUGCAGUGUUAUAACAUGGACACCGAACACGCUACAUUGUAUCUGGGCCGAAGUAACGAUAGUUUGUUUGGAUUUGCAGUGGAGUUUAUUAAAACAGAAACAGGAUAUGAAUUGUACAUCGGAGCCCCGAAAGAAAACACGACAGUGGAGGAAACUGGAGCAGUGUAUAUAUGUAACGUCAAUCAAGAUCUCUGCAGACAGUUUUAUCAGGGCAAUCAAAAUGAUAACAAUCAAAACGUCAACUCGGACAGAUCACCUUAUUACAAGGAAAUGUUUGGAUCAACUAUCACCUAUGUGAAUGACACGGCAGAGGUGUGUGCGUACCGAUGGACAGAUAAGUCAUUUGAAAGUCAGAACUAUUGGUUCAUGCCCGGGCGUUGUCGCCAUGUGAACAAGAAAUCAAGUGUUAUAGCCGACAUACCGUUACCCAAUAAGCAAAAGUACAUCGAUGAGUCGCGUCAGGAAUUCAUGUACGGAAUGGCUCAAGCUGGUUUCUCCGCCGAUGGAAACAAGGAUGACCUUUUCAUCUUAGGAGCACCUGGCAUGGCCGAAUGGCGAGGUGGAUUUGUGGUAUUCCGUGAAAAUUUCUUGGAGUUUGAUGACCAGUAUGACUUGCCAAUAUUUUCCUACCUCGGCAAGUGUCUGAUGCUGUCUUGA